GGGCCGAUGACGUCAGCAGCGCGUUCCCACGCCCCUCCCGCCGCGCUCCGGGAUGGAAGCGGAACCGGGAGCGGAGCGGCCGCGCUGGGCCGCGGCCUCGUGCGUGUUAACGGGGGCAUCGCGGGGCUUCGGCCGCAGCCUGGCACGGCUGUUGGCCCCGCGGCUCGCUCCGGGUUCUCUGCUGCUGCUGUCGGCCCGCUCGGAGGAGCAGCUGGCGCGGCUGGCGGCCGAGCUGCGGGAUUCCUCCCCCGGGCUGCGGGUGGAGUGCGUGGCCGCCGAUCUGGGUUCCGAGGAGGGGUUGCGGAGGGCGGUGGGGACCGUGCGGGAGCUGCUGCCUAACGGGCCGCCCGGCCGCCUGCUGCUCAUCAACAACGCCGGCUCCUUGGGCGACAUCUCCAAAUCCUUCCUCGACCUCACCGACCCCGACGAGAUCAACACCUACUUCGCCUUCAACGUCACCUCGGCGCUCUGCCUCACCAGCAGCGCCCUGCAGGCCUUCGGGACGAGGCCAGGCUGCAGCAGGACGGUGGUGAACAUCUCCUCGCUCUGUGCCUUGCAGCCCUUCCGCAGUUGGACGCUGUACUGCAGCGGGAAGGCCGCCCGGGACAUGAUGUUCCGCGUGCUGGCAGCGGAGGAGCCCGACAUCCGCGUGCUCAACUACGCUCCGGGUCCCCUGGACACGGACAUGCAGCUCUUGGCUCGCACUGAGACCGGAGACCCUGAGAUACGUCAGCAAUUCCGGAGCCUGCACGAGAGCGGGCGGCUGAUCGACUGCAGCGUGUCGGCCCAGAAGCUGCUGAGGCUGCUGGAGGAGGACUCCUUCACCUCGGGUGCACACGUGGACUUUUACAGCGUCUGAGCUGCUCCCUGUGCUCUGCUUUCUGCCCUCUGUAGCGCCCAUAGCUCCCUGCAGUUUGGUGGCUGCGCUCGGGUGCUGCCCGGCCUUCAAGAGAACAUCUCCGGGCGCCUUAUGAAUGCUCCUCGUUGCUCUGAUAGGGGUGGGGGGGGGGGGACUCGCUGCCAUGCUGAGCCAGAGUGCAAAGAAGCCAUCCUCUGAGCACCGCUUAUCCGAGGUCUUGUGCUGCCUGAACCCUGCUGAGCCCUCCUGGGCACACAGUAGGAGUCGGGGGGGGGCGAAGCAGAAGUGGCUUCCCCAAGGGAACAGGCACAGAGGCUUCAAGCUCUCCUGCUCAGUGUGAGCCUGGGGGGGGCACUGAGAGCGUGAAGCCACUUCAGAGGGGCAUCACUCAUGUGAUAAUCAAGAAGAGAUACUACUUCUAAUAUACAGAAAGCGCCGUGCUAAUGCAUCGUUGCAUUAAAGGCCUUUACGUCCAAGCGAGCGUGGAUGCACGCUCCCUGUUGUGCUCGCACAGAGGCAGGAGCUGAGCAGCAGGGGGAGCUGCCUGUGCAGACUGGGCUCUGCAGCACGGAGCCGUGCACCGGCACAACCUGCAUGGUUUACACCAUUGCCCCGGGUUUGUGCACUGCUCCUAUUUGCACGUUCUGGCUCCAAGCCUGGAGCUGGGACUCGAGCCCCUCCUGGGCUGUUCUUUUAGGUACCUGUGGGCUUUUGUCCUUGUUUUUUCCCAUCGGGUUCCAGAAGGCAGAAGCCCACAGCUCCUGGACUCGCCCAUCCAGAAAGCAGCUGUGUCACUAAGUGAGAGCAGCACAGUGCUAGCACUGAGGCUGGCACCCGUGUGCCCUACGAGUGCCCAACCCAAUGACAGCCACCUUCCUGCUGCCCUCUCUCACAGCCCCCCAUCCCAGAUUUUGUCUAUCUAUCUUCAUCUACAGCCAUUAAAAGUUUCCUGUCUGGCCUUCA